UAUGUGAUACGGGUUGAAAAGGUACGAAGGACGGUGGAGGAGAAGGAGGAGUCCCCAGAAAAUGGAGGAUGUUACUGUUUCUUGAAAUUUCUGCUCCACUAAUUUAAAUGAAAAGACAUUAAAAUUGACAAUGAUCUCAUCAAUUUCAUGAAGAAUAAAUAGCACGAACAUGCAGGGUCAAGAGGGCCUUUCCGGGUCUUCGGACCACAGAUUAGCAUUGAUUCACGAAAUGAGUGCUCAUAAUUUCGAUUUGAUAAGAUUUGCUUCCUACAGAACAGCAACAAAGCUGAGAUUUAUACAGAAAAAAGUUAGCUUACAUGCUGUAGAUAUAUGGAAUGUUAUAGAAGCUUUCCGAGAGCAAGGUCUACAUGCUCUAGAACCGUCACAGGAAUUGAGUGUUGCUCGUUUAGAAACUUUAUUGUGUUCACUUUAUCACAGUCUAAAUAAAAGAGCCCCUCCGACUCAGCAGGCUCAUGUUGAUGUUUGUUCUAGUUUGUUAUUGAAUUGGAUACUUGCUGCGUAUGCCACCGUGGAUAACGUUGGAAAAAUCAGAGUAUUUUCCAUAAAAGUGGCCCUCGCUACAUUAUGUGCUGGAAAAUUAAUGGACAAAUUACGAUACAUAUUUUCUCAAAUAUCUGACAGUAACGGGUUACUGUUACAAUGGAGGUUCAACGAGUACCUCCAAGAAGUGUUAGCCCUACCCGCGGCUGUAUAUGAAUCUCCCACUUUCAAUUACACCGAUUCACUUGCCAACUCUAUAUUCAAUCCUAAUAUAAAGAUUACCGUAAAUGACUUCCUGGACACUUUGAUGUCUGAUCCGGCGCCACCGGCUUUGGUAUGGCUACCUCUUUUACAUCGAAUAGCAAAUGUUGAAUGCGUUAUACAUCCAGUCCAAUGUGACGCGUGUCAGCGAGAAAACUUCACAGGUUUUCGUUACCGGUGUCAAAAAUGCCCCCAUUAUACUCUCUGCCAAGAUUGUUUUUGGAGAGGAAGAGUUUCGGCUCCACAUAAUUUGGAUCAUCAAGUUAAAGAGUAUGCUUCAUUUUCCCCGAGCAAGACCAUCGGGCAGUCAUUGAGGAAAUCUUUUCGUUGUGUUCCUGACAAGCAGAGGAAUAACUUGCCCAGGUUUCCAGAGCAACCUGAGAAAACUUUGAAUCUGUCGCACAUAGUUCCACCUUCACCUAUCCCAUCACACAACGGGUUUCCUGAUGGCAAUUUUUCCGCUUUUGAUGGCAUGGGAAGUCUCGACAGUAGGUCUACUGCUCGAAGCUUGGACAGUGCUCGUGACGACGAACAUCGUCUGAUAGCCAGAUACGCUGCUAAACUGGCCCAGGAAGCUCGCACUGGAAUGCCUCGAAGUGGUUAUAGAAAAAACUCCCUUUCGCCGGACACGGGACGUGUACCAUCUGAAGCUUGCCUAGGUAUGGAUUCUACAAGAGCCCAGAGGGAACUGAUCAGUCAGUUGGAAGCUAAAAAUAGAGAAAUCAUGAGAGAAAUUGCUAGGCUUCGGCGACAACAAGAGCUAGAAUCUAGUGGUCAUGGUGCUGAUAAUCCAGUAUUGAUGAAUGAACUGAGGGCUUUGCGAAUGAGGAAAGAUGAAUUGGAAACACAUUUGACGACACUACAGGACUCGAGGCGGCAGCUUAUGAUGCAACUUGAAGGACUCAUGAAAAUGUUGAAGAACCAUCAGUCAUCUCCAAGAAGUACUCCGAACUCUUCGCCGCGCAGUACGAAAUCUCCUCCGUUACCACCUGGCGCGACUCCAACUUCUCAGGCUAACCCGCGCAGCGCCCCGCAAACUCCGAUGGGUCUGCCUCCAUCCACCAAUCCAUCCAUGGUGAAUUCGAUUCCUCCGUUGAACCAGCCCGAGAGGGAGAGGGAACGAGAUCGAUCGCAGCACAUUCCCCAUCAACAGGGAAUGGUGGCGCCACUAGUUCUCUCAGGCAACAGAGACCAGUUGAAUAGCAUGCCGCAAGAGAGGGGUGAAAGGGAGAGGGGCAUGCACAACAGCGACUCUCUCGUGGGAGUCGGGGGGGACGUGAGGAACGCCUUCGGUGGGUCUUCUAAUAUUAAUGUAGGAUCCAAUGGUAAUGGUACACCUGGAUCUGUAGGACGAUCAUUGAGAAAUGAUUUAUUAGUUGCUGCGGAUUCAGUUACGAAUGCCAUGUCCACUUUGGUACGAGAAUUGAAUUCAGGUACUGAUUAGUUCAACUAUUUAGUGUCAAUGUAAGGCUUUUAAACCGUUUAGUAUUACUAAAAAACUAUAAACUCUGCUACUUUUAGUGUUUGUUUCUUAUAGUUUUUUUUCAUUAGUUAUAUUUGUAUAAAUUUCACUUAGAUAAUUUUCCUGAUUUGUUUUAUAUAUUUUUUUACUCUUUGUACUUAUACAGGUGAUUAUUCGUAUGUUUUGUAUAAAAAAACAGUGAAUCUUUGACUGAGAAUGUCGAUUUUGGCAUGCCGAAUGCCCUCUUUUGAGUACAGCAUGAUUUACAUCACAGAAAACAGAGAAAUACUCUUUUUAAAUUGUUUUGUUGAAUCAGUUUCUAUUUCAGAAUUUUAUAUUGUUGUUAAAUCUUUGAAUAUUUUAGUUUUUUACUAUAAUAUGACAUGGAAUAUUGUGUCGCAAUUGUUGAAUUAAAAAAAAUCUCAAGAAUAAAUGAUAUUUACAAUCCU